AUGAGCCAAUGUGGUCAGGACUUCAUCCGUGAUGCAAUAAAGCCGCAAGCGGAAGCUAGGCCAGACUGCGGACUGGCUAUGCGCCACGCAUGGAUAAGGGGCUUAUUUACCGAGGCUUCGGUACCCAUUAUUCCCGAUCGGACCUCGAAGGCAUCAUCUAGAGCGAGCUCUUUCGACAGCAAUACCAAAGAGAUCUUAACGUUGGCUUCACGCCGCCCAGAUUCCGCGGGGUCGACCAUCGAGAAUGCAAGUUUUGUUGAAAAACUACAACUCACGCUUGGACCGCAAAGGCUAGUUGAGGCGGAACACUCAGAACAGGUUACUGUGGCCGUCAGGACUGGGCACGUUGACAUGGAUAAUACGCUCCAAGACCGGGGGGCCAAUAUCAAGACCCUGAGUGGAGGCGGUUUGGCUGAUACGAUGGUAUUUGAUUCGAAGGAUUAUACACUAUUUCGCUGGGCCAUCGAAACAAACCAGAUUGAUACAAUGAAGUUGUUCAUUAACUCUGGCAUCGAUCUCAAGGUAACAAGUUCUUCUGGCCAAACUCCACUUCUUUUGGCCACACUAAGGGGCCCUGAAGGAGUUGUCAGGCUACUGAUUGAGAACAACGGCUCUCUUGAGGCAGGCAAUGAACACGGAGUUACACCCCUGAUGGGGGCUAUACAAAACCGGCAUCUUGAAGUUGUAAAGCUAUUACUUAAGGAAGGCGCCAAUCCUAAUGCGAGAGAUCAUGACGGCAACACAGCUCUGAUGAUGGCUGUUUGUGUAAACAGUCAAAGCAUUACAAAGCUAUUGAUUUCCCAUGGUGCAAGUCUCAACAGAAGAGACGAUGGAGGAUGCAUCCUCCUUCUUAUAGCGGCCUCGGAGGGGUACCAAUAUAGUUUAAUGCCUCUUUUAGAAGCUGCGAGUGAUACUGAGACCAGCGACGAUAGUGGUUCAACAUUGCUCAUUGCAGCUGCAAAGCGAGGACGUGUGUCAGUGGUAGAAACUUUGCUCAAGAAUGGCACUAAAAUCGAAGCGAAGGACUUCCUCGGUGGCGAGACUGCACUUGUAAAGGCGGUAACAGAAGGCCAUGUUGCUGUAGUAGAGCUGCUCCCUGAGAGGGGUUCUAACUAUGAAGCACUCAAUAGCCAGGACAAACCGUGUCUUGUGGUUGCGGCAGCCCGGAACUACCAGUCGAUCAAGAGGCUGCUAUUGAAGAAAGGUGUAAAAAGGGAUCUAACAUAUUACCUUCAUUGUCUUGAAUUCAAGCUUGCAAGUUAG